GCUGAAAUGAAUUAUGCUAUUGAAACUAAUUUUGUACUGAAAGGGUUGAUUGAUUGCAAUGUAUUUUCGCAUCGGAUAGCGUUAUAAUAACAGCUUAGUACGUAUGAGAUUGCCUGCCACGCAAAGAAAUAUGAAGGGUCCUUUUUUGACGGGCCAAUUGGUGCUCCAGCUGCUUUUGACGCCUCUCACAGCCGGUUACGGAGAGCUCUCGGACAACAGCCUCAAGGACAUACCGGGUGCAGGCGGCGACUUUGAUAUCAGCACGGGCCAGCUUUUAGCCCCGAUAUUGAUCCCGCGUGUCCCCGGCACACCGGGCUCGCAAAAGGUCCAGGAUCACUUCGUGGACUUCUUUGCACGGCAGCUUCCGGAUUGGUCCAUCGGCUGGCACAAUACUACCGCAAAGACUCCGGCGACGGGUGACGAGGAUGUGCCGUUCCGCAACCUCAUCUUCAGGAGGGACCCGCCAUGGGCCGCCGAGGGUGACGUUUCCAGACUGACACUGGUCGCGCAUUACGACAGCCUGUUCCGGCCAGAGGGGUUUAUCGGGGCCACGGACAGCGCGGCAUCCUGUGCCUUGCUGAUGCACGUCGCCAGGAGCAUUGACGGUGCGCUGACCAAGAAGUGGUCUGAUAUGAUGGCUCGUGGCGAGACAGGGGGUGGGCUGGAGGAGGAGAAAGGGGUGCAAAUCAUCCUGCUGGAUGGCGAGGAGGCGUGGGUCUCGUGGACAGACACGGACUCACUCUACGGUUCUAGAGCACUUGCUGCCGACUGGGAAGCAGAGGUGCACCCGCAGUCGUCUAUUCACUCAAACUCCCUCAAGUCUAUAUCACUUUUUGUACUCCUUGACCUUUUGGGCGCACCCACUCCGCGGAUACCAUCAUACUUCCAAAACACCCAUUGGGCUUAUCAAAAUAUGGCCAAGGUCGAGGAGCGUUUGCGGAAGCUUGACCUACUUCAGGCGCAACAAAAGAAUCCGUUUUUGGUUGAGGCUGGGAAGCCGUCGGGUGCCUUUACUCAGGGGUACAUACUAGACGACCAUGUCCCGUUCAUGGAUCGCGGUGUUGACAUAUUGCAUGUGAUACCGACACCAUUCCCGAGUGUCUGGCACACUAUGAUGGAUGACGGAGAGCACCUGGAUGGAGAGGUGCUGCAAGACUGGGCCAAGAUUAUCACGGCGUUUACAUCUGAGUGGAUGGAACUGGAAGGGUUUCUCCCGAGCGCCUUGGAGAAGAAGCCCAAUGUCGAGGAAAUGGUGAAGGACGAGCUUUAGGCUUCCUAGACCUGAGGUCUUUUUGUGUAUAUGCUGAACUUUAGAUAUCCAUGUCUGCUCCCAUGCAUCCAUGCACCGAUGGCAGUUUAUUCGCCGAUCAUCAGGAUAAACGUGAUGAAAAAAAAAAAAAAAAAAAAAGACACCGACAGUACCAUCCACCUGAAGUAUGCAAGACUGUAAUCAGAUCCUCCGACCUCAUCGAUUGCGAGAGGGGAUGAUACACGUGACUGUCACCACAGCAACCACUUUCCAUUUGACGUAUCCGACCCACCUUUAGCC